AUGGCUCCUGUGACACAGAGGAACGUGCACUUCGGCAACCCCAUCCUGGGGGUGUCCUGGAGCACCCCGGGCCCUUACUACCAGGAGUUGCACCCCACCUCUGCCCAGCCGCUCCCACAGACCCUGGCCACCGAUUCCCGCAGGAACGUGCGCCGGGCCGCGGGGACCCUGGGGACGGAGGCGGCUCUGUUCGUGCCCACGGCCACCAUGGCCAACCUUAUUGCUGUGAUGUGCCACUGCCAGCAGAGGGGGACUCAGCUGUUCCUGGGCCAGAACGCCCACCUGCACCUCUAUGAGCAUGGUGGGGCCGCACAGGUUGCCGGUGUCCAUUCCCAAGCCCUGCCAGAUCUGCCAGACGGCACCUUCGACCUGGACCAGCUGGAGCUGACCAUCCGCGAGGCCCAUGGCAGCCGGUACCACCCACGCCCUCAGCUCAUCUGCCUGGAGAACACGCACAGCUCGGCGGGAGGCCGGGUGCUGCCCCUCACCUACCUCAGGCAGGUCCGUGAGCUCGCUGACCACUACGGGCUGCAGGUGCACAUGGACGGCGCACGGCUGAUGAAUGCGGCGGUGGCCCAGGGCGUGGAGCCUGCUCAGAUCGCCCAGCACUGUGACUCCGUGUCCCUCUGCUUCUCCAAGGCGUUGUGCUAAGAACACACCUGGCAGGCUGGAUGUGUCCCCAAGAGGGGCAGCAGGGGUGACCCCGCUGGUGGCUCUGCAGGGCC